AUGACCGCCACCACCCCCGACCGCGUCUUCCAGCUCACAGGCUCGUGCAACAACUACCCCUGGGGCAAAAAGGGAAAAGAUUCGCUCGCCGCUCAACUAUGCGCACAGACCGACAAGAGCUUCCAGAUCAAAGAUGAUGAGUUCUACUCGGAAAUGUGGUUCGGCGAUUAUCCCGACUUUCCAGCAAAGAAGUUCGAUACUGGAGAGCCUUUGAAAGACAUCCUCGAAAAGAACAAGGAAACGUUGUUGGGAAAGAAGGUCAUCCAGAACCUCGACGGCCAGCUUCCCUACUUGCCAAAGAUCCUUUCCAUCGCCAAAGCCCUCCCGCUCCAAAUCCACCCCAACAAGGAGCUCGCGACAAAGCUCCACAAGAAGGACCCCGAGAACUUCACCGACCCCAACCAUAAGCCCGAAAUCGCUGUGGCUCUGUCCAAGUUCGAAGUCUUUGCCGGAUGGAAGCCUCUUUCCCACAUUGUGCCUCUCUUCCAGCUUUCCUUCCUCCGCCAGUUCGUUCCCGCAGGGACCACCGACACCUGGACCGACGCUACCCUUCGUGAGAUUACCCGAAGUUUGCUCAAGGCCGAAGAUGGCACUGUCCAAUACAUCGCCCAAUCUCUCCUCAAGACUCCCAAGGAAGAUCUCGGACCCAAGAAUGACUACAUCCCCGAUCUGAUUCCUCGUCUACAGGAUCAGUACGGCCCCAAGGACCCCGGAACUCUCGUCGCCCUUCUCUGUAUGAACUUUAUGGUGCUUCAGCCCGGUGACUCCAUCUACAUCCCCGCCGAUGGAAUCCAUGCCUACCUGUCGGGUGACAUUGUUGAGUGCAUGGCCCGCAGCAACAAUGUACUCAACGCCGGCUUCUGUCCUCCCGCCGACCGCAACAGCUACGACCUGUUCGCCGAGACACUCACGUUUGAAGGGCACACCGCGGCCGACAUGCUGCUGCCGAGCAACAAGAGCGAAAAGAGCAAGGAGGGGCGCACAGUGGUAUAUAAGCCGCCCAUGAGCGAGUUCGAUAUGCUCAAGGCUGACCUGGGAGCUGGGGAGAGCGACGAGAUUGCGCCGAGCGACGGGCCGGGCGUGCUGAUUGUUACAAGUGGCCAAGGGACCAUGUUGGCCGGGGGCAAGACAUUUGACUUGAAGGAGGGAUCCAUCUUCUUUGUGGCACCGGAUACGACGGUUGUCUGGAAGACCUACAAGGGGAUGCAAAUCCACAUGGCAGUUGUUUGAGGAGCUUAAUUCUUAUACUGUAAAUAUCUUGUUUUUCUACCCUGUUAAGCCCAGGGCAGAGACCUUUUGUUUAUACCACUGGUGCCAUGUACCAAAUCUUCA